CUCCCUGCUGCAUGUGCAGCGCAGAGCCGCUGUGACUCCACCUCGGAGCGGGCUCGCACACGGAGCAGACGAUGGGAGGCACGGCUCGGGACGGCCCGGAGGACUGCCGCUUUCUGGAUGCAGAAGCAUCCAAGAGGCAAAAGAGGACCUGCUCCAGGCACCAGGUCUGCGGGCUGCUCUUCAGCGUGCUGCUCAUCUCUCUUAUCCUCAUAUUCCUUGGUGUCAAAUACCUCCGGAACCCAGCGCCCAGAAAAGUUUAUGACAUGGAACACACGUUCUUCAGCCAUGGUGAGAAGAAGAAGAUUGUGAUGGAGAUCGACCCGCUGGCCAGGACAGAGACCUUCAGCAGUGGGAAUGGCAGUGAGGAAAUCCUGGAGAUCCAUGACUUCAAAAACGGAAUAACCGGCAUCUUCUUCGUGGGACUUCAAAAAUGCUUCAUCAAAACUCAGACUAAAGUCCUGCCUGAGACGACAGAGGCCAAGAUCCCAGAGCUUGAGGGAGAAGAAAUCACAACCACGUACUUGGAGCAGUCUGUGGUCUGGGUGCCUGGGGAAAAGCCCAUCCAGAACAAGGAGUUCCUCAAGAGCUCCAAGAUCUUUGACAUCUGCAGAAACGUGACCAUCUACUGGAUCCAUCCCACUCCCAUAGCAGCUCCUGAGCUGGCCAACCUCGAAGGGGCUGAAGAGGAAGACCCUGAGCUGCUCAUGGACAACCAGAGCUGGUUGGAUGGGGGGAGCGAACAUGAGGUGAAGGAUGCGCAGCCGGGGCCCAAGCGCCACCCACGGCAGCUCACUGAGGAGGACCUGCCCGUCAAUGACUACUCGGAGAACGGGCUGGAGUUCCACCCGCUGUGGGACGAGCGUGGGUACUGCUGCGCCCAGUGCCGCCGCGCCAACCGCUACUGCCGGCGGGUCUGCGAGCCCCUGCUGGGCUACUACCCAUACCCCUACUGCUACCAGGGCGGCAGGGUCAUCUGCCGCAUCAUCAUGCCCUGCAACUGGUGGAUCGCUCGGAUGCUGGGCAGGGUGUAGGCUCGGAUCCUGCCCAUGCCCACCUCGCACCCAUCCGGAUGCAUCCUGACGUACCCAUCACACAGGUCAUUACCUGAUUGGGUGCUGCCAACCACAGCACCCUCACCAUGCACACACUGCCUGUCCGCUGGCAUCCUGCACUGCCCUAUGGGGCUGGAUGGUCUGUGUGGUCACACAUCCCUGCUGCAGGGAUGCGUGGUCCCCCUCCCAAGUGCUGUGGGGUCCAUGCUCAGUGCAUCGUCGCCAUGCUGAGAGGCAAGAGGCAAACAAUAAACGUCUUGUAUGAGCGAUUGCAAAGAAAA